AUGAUAGGUACCAACGGAGAUACCUGCAGUAUAAAGGUGGAAAUGACAUACAGUUUUUGGGAGUACUUUUUGCGAACUGGCAGAAGAAACCUCAACGAUUUUAAUCGGGAGAACGGUGCUAAUAUCAAAGUACUGCGUGGUCAGACUGUAAAAGUGGGAGACCUAGAGAACUUGAGUCUCUAUCUCCGCAAAAAGAUAAAGAAUUACUGUGCCGAGAACAAGUUAACUAUUCCUGAAAUCAUCGUCAAGGGCUCCAUUCUAUCAAUUAGGAAGCAAAACGGGGAUUUCAAGAAAUAUAAAUCAACCGAACUGGCCAUACUACUAGGUUGGAAUUAUAAUGACUGGAACGGAAUCCCCAUCAAGAAGCUGUUGACAAGCAACGAAUUAAAGAAUUAUGAGAGGGAAGGAAAAACCUUAUGGGGUUCCUUACACCUAGAGAGUAUAGUAUCUUCGAACAGCAAUAAGAAUGAAGUUAGGACGCAGCUUCAAGUUGUUGAGGAAGGUGUAAAUGCACGUAAACGUAUAGCAGAUGAAAUUGAAACCAAUCAUCCUAAGAUGUCAAGAAAAGACGAUGACCUGGAAGGCGACGUGCAUCAAUAG